CUGUACCCGACAGACUCUUUCAAUGAAAAUUACAUCUUUCUGCAGGGGAAGGGGUGAUUCAAUGCCCACCAACUCAAAACGUGGUUGUGGGGGAUAUAUACUCCCCAUCCCAAGGGAUCUAUGCCCCUGGCUGAAGAUGUACCUUGGCACGCUGAGUUUCAGAAGGAGCGAGACAAAGAGGACAGUAACUAUGGCAGAUAUGAGACACUGGAAUGCGAUUUUCAAUUCCCCAAACCAGUCCCGAGCAGGUUUGGAGCUGGCUGAGGGAAGCAAGAUAGUUCUGAAGAACCCAGAAACUGGGUUGAAAGUCAAGAUCGAAAUGCCCAAGGAAGGACUUUUCAAACGCUUGACGAGGUCUUCUACCAGACGAAGCACAACGAGGGCAGAGGGGCAGGAGGCGCAACACCGACCUCCUCCAGUGCCCCCGCGAGGUCGGCAGACAAACGAGAAGCUCCGUGAGGACGAAUACCAGGACUUGAUAUUUGACAAAGGGAGCGGAGGUCGAGUGGAAAGCAAUCACGCCCGUCGAUUGGGGCCUAUAGAGACCCCCGGGACCCCGACAGAAGAUAUUGGCCUGUACGAUUCGCCGACCUACCAGAGGGGACCAGUGUCCGCAGAGAAGGCUAAGUUCCCUGAAUUCAGAAACAUGCCCUUGUGUGAAGACCGUGCUUUGAAUCUGCAGUGCGCAGGUCCCAACCAUCUUGUUCAUAGGGCUGACGAGACUUACAUGCCCCCAGUUUCUCCGCAGAACGACUCUGAGCUUAACACAGACAUUGACGACGAAGUUUAUGAGGUGCCCGAAGAAGCCGACUGUGACUCACAGCUUGAGAACAGCUUCGGAGAAAACAUGGAAAAGGCGUACAGACAGCUGCGUCAAGACUACAUAAAUAUGAGAGUUGAAGCGGGCUGCCCCAGGGACAAACAGACAGGCGCUCCCGUCAACAACGACAUUAGUCCAGUCCCGACACCUGACUACUGGAUCAGUUGAAGGGCAAAAUGGCGCAAAACAGGAGACACGGAGACACAACAGGAGUGGGGACAAUUAUAGUUUUCACUCCGUAACAAGACUCAGUUAUUUCAUGUAAUCUAUAUGAAAGCAAGUGCUGUGUAACGGGAAAGAAUCUACACGACGUGGAUCUUGUUUAAGUCGUUAACGUAGGUAAUUUUUUUUAUGGACCACUUAGUCCAGUGGAUAUUUAUUAAGCAGCAGGAGGUUGAUAAUUGUCCUGUCUACAGUUAUAUUAAUGUAGCUCACUAACUUCUGGCCAGCUGACCUGCUGCUUAAUAGGUGGAUCAAUAAUUUGUUCCAAGCAGCUCAAUAAAUAGGGUCAUGCGCAGCAUAAGAUUCCAUCAGUACUUUGGUUCUGUGCACCACUGUUUGCAUCACAAUUAAGAAAAGUGUGUCUUUUUUGGUUCUUUUCUCAUUAAUCGUACACCUCCCAUUCAAUGACAAGGUCACCGCUGCACAUUGAAGUGGAAAAGAAGUCCUGACAUCCAACCGGACGAGAACCAGUUUCGGCGGUCUAACACCCGUGAAAAUGGUUAAGAGGGUUGGACACAUUGAAAAUUGUCAUUUAACUAGUAGAAAAACCUCGUUUGCAUAGUUUGGGCUACUGUACAAAGAAAGCGCAGCAUUAUACUCCGGAAGCAAUUACGGUAAAAGCCAAAAUAAAAACAGACCAAAAUACCUAAACAAUUGUAAUUUAAAAGGAAAUAAACUGAAAGCAAUAACCUGCUUUAACGAAAGAUUCUAAUGUCUUAUGUAACCUUUACUGACAAGAACUGUGUCAGGUCAACUUGACUGAAUCAAGAGUCCAUCGACUGCAUGCAGCUCUUUGCAACUUUCAAUGCACGUAAGAACGGGCAAUGAAAACAAACGUGAAUGAACAAGGGGACCUGGGAACGAUAGUGCCCGAAGUGAAAGGUUGUGAAUAUAUAUAUAUAUAUAUUUUUACCAAUCACCCAGUGACUUUUCCUAAGUAUUACUUGACGAGUACAAAGGCAAAAUUUCGGCAUGGGUGUUUCUUCCAGUAAAAGGAAUCAUUCUUCCAAAAAUUAUCGAGCCUGAUCGGACGGCCCCAUGUAAAAUCCACAUAGGCAGGCCGCACGAGGGUUCCAGAAGCUCACUGAGUGGCCUUUACUUUCAGGCUCUAUUAAUACAUAGCUCACCCAGAUCAGGACCCAACUGAUUUCUUUUACCCUCGUGCGCUUUGAAGGAACCUAAUUUGUUUUUUUGUUUUUUGUUUUUUUGCUCUCCAGAAAUUCCUCUUACACCAGAAAUAGCUUCAAUAAUUUCAGUGGGUUUUUUAGUGAAAAAAAAUGCAAAAGUGAGAUCAAAUGAUGUGUCCCUAUCAAUUUAAAGAUUUUGCCUCUAUAUGCCAUCUGCGCGCGUGCGCUUCUAAAUAAGAAUUUGUUAGUGGAAAGGUCUAUUUUUGUGUGGCACAAAAAGCGCACGCAUGUGCUACACGGUCAUAAGUGUACCAGACCAAAACACCUACUUGUCAAGUCAUUGGACAAGCCGAGACACGCGGCCAUGUAAUACCUGCGCCGACUGAUAUAGCGCACGACUAUGAAACGGCUUGUCAUCAAGACUAAUUGUAGUCUUGUGACGUUCAGCUCCAAUUUAGGGUUCAGGUGUUACGGAUAUGUGAUACGGGCUGCUAUGUGUCUAAGGUGGGCCGAUUGCACUCUUUUAUUUUUUGCUAUAAAUACCCUACAUAGGAGGUAUCUGCGUUAGAUCUUUGAGAGGAAAGAGACUCGCAACGCUCGCGUGUGUCGGAGUUACAAAAGUUAAAAAUGUAAUCAGAAAAGUUGGAACUGGAUUUUUUGUUAGCUAGCGCUGAGGAGCCCAUGUCUGUAACAUUUAGUGUUGUGUUUAUAAAUACCUUUUUCUCGAAGAAUGACAUAAUGGAAGAAUAAUGGAGAUUUGUGUAUUAAUUUUUCCAGUGGACUCAUCUCUUUCUGCCUGUUAAGAGUUCAGUCCUUCCCUUUGCUGAGGAUUACCAGUACACAGGGUUAACUGAUUAGUAUGAGAAUCGUGACAGUUUGUAUCUGGUUGAGCUCACACGGCAUAUCCGUCCUUGAGGGAACGGAACAAUAUAAACGUCAAGGAAGCCAGGACGAGUUCCUGUUGUGCACAACUCAUUUUGUUAAUUGUGUGUUUUUUUUUAUCCCCUUCUGUUGUAAGGAUCUCAAUCUACCAGUCUUACAGAGCUGUAUUUGUUUUUAGGAAUGCUGUAUUUUUUUACAGAACAGUCUUACACUACGAUCCGUACGACAUGAAUACCCAUGUUAUUGUAUUCACGGUGCGGGCAAAACACUACUAUUCGAGUUCCCAGUAAUAUCCAAUAGGCCUAACUUGAGUCGGAUGCCCGCAGUCUUAAGUGAAUCGUUUUCCUGAUCAUUGUUGAAUAAAAUUUUGGUCGAAAGAGGUACCUCGUAAAGCGUUUAUUUUCACCCCUGUCUGGCUGUCGAAAAGAUUACGUUUACAGGUAAGACCAUACAAAAUUUGAACACUCUUGCAAACCAAAACGAAAACGGAACAAUUAAAAUGGGCAACAGCGUGUGGUGUGAACACGGGACCUAACUACAACAUUAAAGCGUGGAGAAUUCUGUCAACACUAUGCACCAAAAACUGCUUUAAGAAACACCAUUUUCUAACGAACAAUCGAACAAAGUUAGUUUUAAAACGCUUAAACACAUAAGUGCAUUUAGAAGUGAACGUGUUUCACAUAAAAAAGUGUUUAUCAUAGGGACCAUAGAAGCCUGUUUAAAGCAGCUUAAAAUGCGAAUUCCACAGUUUUCCCCAAUACUCUUUCGUGCCGAUGAAAUUCAAAUCUCAUGUUUUAAGUGGUUAAUUUAAACUGAUAUAACCGUAUGAAAUAUAGAUGCAGAAUGUAUAUUUACUUGACUAAUCCCAUUAAGAAUAAACACCGUGUUAAGACAAAAGGGUUUAGCACACGACUAGUGUGCGUUGUAUGUACAUGUACAGGCACGAAUGGGAAUGUGUAAUUCAAUCUCUUUCCGCGUCCCCCGCACGUCUGCGGGCUGUUGUGAGUUGCAAAUGUAGAGAAAUCGGACUGUUCAGAGUUGCAUUUUAUUCGUUUGUUACACAGGUUAUCAGAAUCUCGGAUGAGUGAUAAUUUUCUGGAAAAAAAAUAAACAAUAUGUGUUCAUGUGUUAGGUCGUAGCAGUUGGCUUGCCACUCUCCAUGACACUCUGUAUGACUUGAACACAUGUAUGCCAUCGAUACCCGAUAACGUGAAGUUAAUAAAUACUCUAUCCUUUAUAACGUGUCAAAAUGUAAAAAACAAGUGUUUUAGCCUCCACACGUAUUUAGGCAUUUAGGUAAUAAACACACAAACAGGUUUAUAAUUUAAAAGGUGUUUAAAAAGCUAACACAUGCUAAACAACUCCAUGUAUUUAAUCAUAAACAAGCUGCGUUUAUUAAAUGAAAUAGAGUGUUCAGCAUACAAAUGCGUCGUAGCCUGUAUGUUUAUUUAUAAACAUGUCAAAAUAAAAAUGUUUAAAAAGUGUUAUAGAUCUGAGUUUAAAUGCAUUUCGAAGUUAAACGCUUAAUUGGGUGUUUACAUUGUUGAAGAAAGUGCUUAAUAUUCAAAAUUCUAAUUAGCUUAGAAAACCAGAAUGUAUAAUUUACUUAUUACAGACAAAGUCUGCUUAUUUUACGCAAUCCUGAGCCGACUCUGAACCAACCCCAGCCUCUGGUUCUUGUUAGGUCGGACAAAUGACGUUACAGGUGCAUAAUCAGAGUUCCAAAAGCGCUGAACCAAUGAUAAAAGCUGAACCACAAUUAUGUUUCGCUUUGCCCAAACAUGCUCCUGAAAUCGAAAUAGACCAAACCCAUUAAAUUGCAUUGAUUGAAGGAGGCUCCAUUGAGAGACUGAGAUGUGCUUGCUGUCGUCUCACUUUUCGAGAAGCAUACCUCCUUCUAUUCAAAUCCUCUUAGUGAGUGCCACUGGUUUUGAAACAUGUCUUCUUCCAAAUUAGCUCGCACAUUCCAAAAUUUAAUAUUCGACCACAAAUACAGCCUAGAAGUUGACCCUAUGGUGGCGCGCUUCUGGAACCGUUGAAUAGGAAAAAAACCGCGCAACAAUUUCAGAAUUUGUACUUUUUCCCCGAUCGUUUACUUCAUACAAAAUCUCCUCAGAAAAAGGCCUUUAUAAAAUAGUUACUAGAAUACGAAUUUACAAAAACUAGAAAAUUACGUUGGCCUGAAAGAUAAAUAUCCUGCCAGAAUGUGACCGCUCACUUCCGAAAACCUUAACUACAUAAAGACCAGUGCAGUUUGGUGAUUUUUUCUUUUUGUACGCAGAUAAACAGUAACAAAAUUA